AUGGUUCGAGUCCUCCUCACUGGCGGCAAUGGAUUUCUUGCAAGCCAUAUUCUUGAUCUUCUCUUGGCACGAGGACAUUCAGUCGUGACAACGGUCCGCAGUCACGAGAAGGCGGAACAAAUUCGCGAACGCUAUCCAUAUACAUCUACCACUCACUUAGAAGUUAUCCUCGUCCCUGAUUUUACGAGUCCUGGUGCUUUUGAUGAAUGCUUCAAGUCUGACGCGCUUUUCGAUGUGGUCAUGCAUACUGCGUCUCCCUUCCGGUACUCGAUAACUGAUAUUCAGCAAGAACUUUUGGACCCUGCAAUCAUUGGGACAAUUGCGUUGCUAAGGGCAGCCCAGAAGAACGCACCAUCGAUCCAAAAAGUGAUCGUAACAUCUUCUUUCGCAUCGAUUAUCAACAGCUACAAGGCUAACUGCUGGGUUGAUCAUAUUUAUUCCGAGGAAGAUUGGAACCCAAUUAUCCCUUCGGACGCUCAUUUAAAUCCUCUCAACGGAUAUAGAGCAAGCAAAACCUUCGCCGAACGAGCAUGUUGGGAGUUUCACAAGAGAGAGAACCCACCUUUUUCUCUGGUUACGCUAUGCCCAACGUUGAUGUUUGGCCCCGUGAUACACCCACUGUGCAAUCUCGACGAGCUCAAUACAUCGAACCAGCGAAUCCGAAAUUUUAUGGCAGGCGAAUAUAAAGCCGAAAUGCCAGACACAGGGACAUCGUUCUUCCUCUGGAUAGAUGUUCGUGAUGCCGCCAUGGCGCAUAUAAAAGCGAUGGAAACUUCAGGGGUGGUGAACGAGAGAUUCUUAUUGACUGCUGGUUACUUCUGCAACAAGGAGAUCUGUGAAGUGAUACGAGAAUUCUUCCCCGAGUACAGACCGCAACUCCCAGAGCAGGGUGCGGGAGGUGGUGGGUAUCCCAACAAAGGACUUUACGGGUUUGACAACUCCCGAGCAACCAAUAAGCUUGGCUUGACGUAUCGAACCCUGUCCGCGAGUAUUACUGACACGGUCAUGUCGUUGCAAAAAUUGCAAACCUGGGACAAAGUUACUGCAUAG